AUGGCCGACUUUACAGCCUCUUCGGCCACUUCGCUGCCUCCUCUUCCAGCUGGCGUUGCGCCCGGUCAGCCUGCGUUCCAGAACGGCUCCCAAGGUCACAUGCCUCCGCCACCGGUUCCAUCCCUCACGAUUCCACAAAACACCAACCCGACACCCACUGCUGUCGGCGACAUCGACCUAAGCGGCAUCCUGUCGCCCACCAGCGCUGGCGGCCACGUGAGACGCGCUGCACCCGAACCGAACAAGAGAGCACUAUAUGUGGGAGGACUGGACCCCCGUGUUACGGAAGAUGUGCUCAAACAGAUCUUCGAGACGACUGGACAUGUGCAGAAUGUCAAGAUUAUCCCAGACAAGAACUUCCAGUCGAAAGGUUACAACUACGGUUUCGUGGAAUACGACGACCCAGGUGCUGCGGAAAGAGCUAUGCAGACUCUUAACGGGAGGCGUGUGCAUCAGCAAGAGAUUCGGGUCAACUGGGCAUAUCAGUCAAACACCAACACCAAGGAGGACACUUCGAAUCACUUCCACAUCUUCGUCGGCGAUCUUUCCAACGAAGUCAACGAUGAAGUUCUUCUGCAAGCUUUUUCGGCAUUCGGCACUGUCUCAGAAGCUCGAGUCAUGUGGGACAUGAAGACAGGCCGCUCACGUGGCUAUGGUUUCGUGGCUUACCGCGACCGCGGCGAGGCUGAGAAGGCGCUCAGCUCGAUGGAUGGAGAAUGGCUCGGUUCGCGUGCCGUUCGCUGCAACUGGGCGAACCAGAAGGGUCAGCCAUCCUUUUCUCAGCAACAGGCCAUGGCACAGAUGGGCAUGACUCCUACCACUCCAUACGGCCACCACACUUUCCCUACUCAAGGCACGCAGUCCUACGAGAUGGUCGUCAACCAGACUCCGCAAUGGCAAACUACGUGCUACGUCGGGAACCUGACGCCAUACACGACUCAGAACGAUCUUGUUCCGCUGUUCCAGAACUUCGGCUACGUUACUGAGACACGAUUCCAGUCCGACCGCGGCUUCGCAUUCAUCAAGAUGGACACGCACGAGAACGCGGCCAACGCGAUCUGCCAGCUCAGUGGCUACAACGUCAACGGCCGACCAUUGAAGUGCAGCUGGGGCAAAGACCGUCCUCCAACUGGCCAAUUCGAUGGAUACAACCCAGCCCAGACACCUCAAUCAGCUGUUCCCCAAUCCGCUGUCUUUCCAGGUACUCCCCAGGCGUUCUUCCCACAAUACGGUCAGCCAGGUGCACCUGCCAUGUCGCCACAAGCUGCCACCCCUGGUCAGUUCGGACAGCACCCAAUGCCAGGUAGCUUCACGAACCCAAUGUCGGCAACCACCAUGCAGCCACCUCCAGGUAGCUGGGCCACUCCUGGACAGAUACCUCAGAGCGCUGGCAGCUACGGCAGUCAAACUCCUGGCGGCUUCAUGCCUCAGCCAGGUAUGCCACAGCCAGGUCUCCCUCAAGCAGCACCUUUCGGACGCGGCUACGGCGGCUAUCAAGGUUAG